AAGGGGACUUUAAAGGGAAUUCAAAUAAAUAUAUCGACAAAAAACAUGGCUUCUCUAUUAUGUGCUUUCCAAAAUCGGUGCUUCUUCUUACAUGCGUUUUAUUUAUCCUAACCAUUCCAUCGAAGUACAUACAGUUCUUAUGGCUACUAUAACAGUUUCUAUUAAUCCUUCUAAUUAAAUGGAGGCAGCAGCGGGACCCAUUGCAGGCGCUGUUAUAAGUGGAACAGCAAUCGUCCUCACCAUUACGAUCUGUUGUGUUAUACAUGGCUGUAAAAUGAAAAACCAUGAUCAAGUAGUCGUACAUCCUACGGGAUAUUCUGCAAGCUACAGGAAUACAUAUCACCAUGGUUAUAUAGGAUAUAGAAACGGACCUUACGUGACGACAUCAACAAUGAACUUUGGAACAUCUGCUCCUCCAGCCCAACCCCCGCCCUACUCUCCCCCAUCCCCGCCCCCUGCCUACUCUCCUACACCCAUCUUCUCCCAACCACCUCCUAUGUUUCUUGAGGGAAAACGGCACGGUGCCCAUAAUACUUGAUGGCAUUUUAUCUCACCUCUGUUUUAAAAGUCCGUGGUGGCGCUGCUAACAAUUUGUAUUAUUUGUCUUAAUUUAAAAGGGCUUUUGAGCAUGAUCAUUCUUAGUUCUCUUCAUGUUUUCUUCACUUAUUCAUCUAUACGGUUGAAAUGGAAGUCUUUUCUUUAACAUGUUAAAUUCUUUCUACAAAAUCAUAUUGUUUUUUUUAUUUCGUUUUAUAUUCCAAAAAUCACAAUGUAUUUGAAUUACUAUUGCUAGACUGGAUUCUAAAGCUUUAUAAAAAUCCCUUACAAACAAAGAUAUACAGUCAGUUCAAUCAAAUGUUCUACCAAACUUUUUUUCUUUUCUUUUCUCUUAAAACAGCGAUGGAGGAGAAUUUGUAUGAGCUCUGUUCAGUAUUAUCAUAUAUUUUUUUUAUUAUAUUAAGCUCUCUGAUUGAGUGAAACUUGCUCAAAUGAUAAAGUAUACAACAGGUUAUAGAUUUAUAUUACUUUUAAUAGACUCUGAAAGCAUAUCGACUUGAUGUUCCUAAAACUGAUUAAAGACGAUAGACGAUGAGUGCUGACUUCAAAAUGGCUAAUGCAGUAUAUGACUAAAUGUUUCUGAAAAAAAAAUUACUUCAUAAUGUGUACUGUAAUGACUGGUUUGAAAAAACAAUGCCUUGAAUAAGGAUUUUCUUUAUAUCAAAACCAUA